CUUGACCCUGUUCCACCUUUGACCCUUAGAUCUCACAGCCUUCUCCUUAUGAGAUCUGACCAGUCCAUGAUCUGGACCUCACUGCUGCCUGGAAAGACCACUCUGACAGAGGCACCUGUCCUAGUUCCUGGACUGAGGACCUUCUGGGGACAUUUCCAAUCUAGACCCUAUGGAGGCCAAUCGGAAGGAGAAUAUUCCACCCUGGCCAGGAGGCCACCUGAAAUCAGACCGACGGCUGGUUCGGAAGAACGUGAACAUCGGCCUCCCUGUGGGCAGCAGGCGAGAUACCACGGUGGGGUCUCGCGCUCCCAACAAAAUUCAGAGGCAGAGUCCGGCCGCUCCUCCAGGCCGGGGCCUGCAGCUGGAGGGGCCUAUGGCCGGCGGCCAGGAGCCCAGGUACUUCUCCUCCGGGGUUCAGACCAACCUGGCUCCUGCUGGCCAGUCCCUGCCCGGGGCCGCUGGCCUGGUGAGUAACUCUUUCUUUGAGCAGCAGAACAACCUGUGGCCCCAAGCCCGGAGGCCCAGGGCGUCUGGGAAGUGGACAGGGCUUUCCUCCCAGCAAAGCAACGUGGAGCUGAGCAGAGCAGACCCAGAGAGGAGAGGGGGAUCCAGGAGCCCCCACCUAAGGGAGCCGGCCUGGAGCCUGGGGGGCUGCUCGCGGGAGCUCUUGUGGCCCAGACAUUCUGGAGGUGUCCCCUGGCCCUCCGGGUCAGACAGCCAGACCCACAGACCCCCGUUGCUGAGGGACCGACCAUCAUCUUCCUUCCCCGGCUCCGGCAGUGCCGUGCACGUCUCACCAAAAGCCACAAAAGCUUGGGGGUCCGAGAGGAGCCCUCCCCCUCCGUCUGGCCAUCAGAGCUGUCUUGUCCAGCCCAGCACAAGUUACCUGGGUUACUGGGCCCCGAACUCCAUGGAGCAAACCCUCCCCUUGGAGGACCUGACCCUCUCGGGCCAGUGCCGGCAAUCUUCUCCGCCUCCGGUCUUGGAGCCCAGAGCUGAGCUUUCCCCAGACUCGGCUCACCUGCGCUUGUCCAUGAGGAGCCUCCAAUGGCCAUCAGAGCGCCUCCUCCUCAGAGCUCCCCAGGAGCACUCCAGGCCCUGGCCCUGCUCCAGCUGGGCUACUUCUCCAGGGGCCUCGCCAACCUCGACCCCAGGGCACCCCAGCCCCCUAACCCGCCCCUGCGGGACUGUGCCUCCAGAGGCUAUUCCUCGCCUGGCAUUCGGGCACCCCAGUCCCUGCAGGGCUGUGCCUCCAGAGGCUACCCCUUACCUAACAUCCAGGCACCCCAGACCCCUUACCUGCCCCUGCAGGGUUGUGUCUCCAGAGGCUACCCCUCACCUGGCACAAGAGCACCCCAGCCUCCUUACCCAUCCUUGCGGGGCUGUGCCUCCAAAGGCUAGCCCUUACCUAACACCAGGGCACCCCAGCCCCCCCGUUCUCUCCCACAGCGCUGCAAGUCCAGAGGUUUUCCCGAAUCUGACAGUGGGGUACCCCAGUCCCCAUAUUUUUUCUGACAAGACCUUCACUCCAGAGACAUCCCCCAAACGGACACCAGGAUACACCAGCAGGACUAAGGCUCCAGAGGCCUCCCCCAGCCUGACACCAGGGUCUCCUAGUGCCCUCCCUCUCUCUUACCAAGGCUCCCGAGUAGACAGGGGACAGCGACUGAUGGAGACCCAACCGGAGGGACAUUUGUGGCAAAUCUGGCAUCCUUGGUGUCCCCAGGGCACAAAUACCCCUCUCUCAGGCCGGGCAGAAGGGACUGCUCCUACCCACUGGAGAAGUCUAAGAGAAGGAGCCUUCUCAGGCCCUGAGGGUAGUUCCGGGCCAAGCCUCCUGCAGAGUGCCAUCCCUGGGCCCUGCCCCUCUGGGCGGGAAGGCAGCCUGGGCCCGAGAAUCUGUCUUUCAGCCUCCCCUUCUAUUGGGGCACAUCCAGCCCAGCAGCAGAUGGAAGAGACUCUUUUGCCCAGAGAACGGGAAGGUCCCUGGAUGGAGCAGGGCCUUGCUGAGAGCCGUGGGGCAAGAAGCCGGGAUAGGAGGGAGCAACACCUGGCAGUCGGGGGCCCACAGCAGGAGCUGGGGCUAGAAAAGAAGCCAUCCAUAUCUUUAAUCCCAGAGGCCAGGGAAUCAAGGGCCCUGCUCAGCUGCUGCUUCAAAGCCUGGCACUGCCACCUGCUGAGACAAUGGGCUGUGGCCAGGGCGCUGAGGAGGAGACAUCUCCUGCGGAAGGGCCUCCGUGCCAUGCGCUGGGCCUUAUGGCUCCGGGAAGCCCAGAUGGAGUUCAUGAAGAGUAAGCAGAGGCAGAUUGUGCUGGCCGGGAGCUUCCGCAAGUGGAAAGACCUGUAUCUGAAUAGGAGAGAAAGGAAGCUGCUGACUCAGUGCAGGACAGCUACUCCUGAGAAAGACUUCCUGGAAAGCCCACGGGAAAGAUCCUUUGUCACUCUAGGGAUGGUUUGUGGAAAUGAGGGAGCACCAGAGAAUCAGCUCCAUCCCAGGUGGAAAUCAGGCAGCCAGGACCUCAGGGCUCCGGCCACUCCAGACCUCCAGAGGCUGGCUGCCUUCCACCUGUGGCACCUGCAGAAAGCACUGGCAGCAGAGAUCCACAAGGAUGCCCAGGUGCAGGCUGAGCUGGGGAAGAAGAAGCUCCGGAGGGUCUUCCAGGCCUGGAGGGCCAGGGCCCUGAACACAGCUCGGAUCUGCCCCCUGGUGACCCGGCACCAGAGAGCCCGGCUUGGCCGGUGCUUUGAGGCAUGGAGGCGCCACGCGCAGAGAAGGGCCCGGUGCCACGGCAGGCUGGCACACUGGCGGGUUGAGACCUUGAGGAAGAGCCUGCAGCAGUGGGUGAAAAUGGUGUGGCUGCAAGCUGGGCACUCGAGAGCAGUGGAGCAGCUCUACCUCCAUCGCCAGACCAGCUGGCACCUGGAGGUGGCUGGGGCCCACGAGGGGUCCGGCAGAGGACCGGUCAGCCGGAGCCCGGGAGAACAAGACCAGCCCUGCCGUCGUCCGGGGUUCAGGGCGCUUGAAGAGGCCUGCCAGAAACUGAAGCUGCACCGGGUGGUCCUCCUGUGGUCCCGGAGGCUGGCCCAGCACCGGCGGGCAGAGUAUGUCUCCUCAGAACCCGCUCACAACCCCACCAGCCAAGACGGGCAGUCUGAGAAUGGGACCCAAGAAGAUCUGGGCGGGAGGUUAGGGAAAAGGAGGCUGCGGAUUCUUCAGAAUGCCCUGCAGUGGUGGCGGAGGAAGGCCCAGGCAGCAGGGUCACGCCCUUCCGGGUCCACCGACUGCCCCCCGGAGCCCUUUGCUGGCUCACAGGUCUCGGAGGAGCGGCCCCCCUCCUCAGGAUGCUCGGGCAGUGCUCCGAGCGCCCCCAGAAGCUCAUCAGAGGGGGUGAAGGCUUGGGGGAUGAGUGUGUGCUGGGUCGGGCCUGGGAGUGGCCAGACUCUUAGCACAGUGCCCUACAUUCAGUGGGUACUUAAUACGUACUUUAAUCAUGUCAUUACUCGGCCUCAGGGUGCUGGUACCUCUCAGUUUGGAGGCAAAGGUGGCCCCAGCUCUGGGACCAGCAGCAUCCUGGACCCAGGAGACAGCUGUUGGCCCGCCUUCCUCCAGGAGAAGAAACGGGUCCCCUGGGAAAAGCUGUUCAGGUUCCCAGAGACUCCGGCCACUUGGAAGCCCCCCGGCAAGAGACAAGGUGGCAGCAGGGGGCUCAAGAAGCCCCAGAACUCAAGCAGCAUCGGCAGGUCACACUCCAGAUCUGCCUACAUUGCUAGCAAAGAGAAGCCCCUUAAAAGCUGUGGGCUGAGGUCCCUGAAAGUCACUGCUGACGAUUCAGUUGUCCCCAAGGCCUGCCCAACUUGCUGGCUUGCUGCGGCUCAGGGCCUUGCUGCUGGCUUCGAUCAGUACUUGGGGUCACAUUGUUGCCUUUCUGGGAGGCAACGUGCUGCUACCUUGCCCUGGAACCUACGGGCAGCAGCCCUGGUGGAAGCUGGUCUGCCAGCAGUGAGUCUGGGGACUGGCCAAACCUCCCUCCAGAGUGAGCCUGGGCUUAGGUACCCUGAGGAGGUCUGUGCACCUGUCCGGCAUCCAAGAGCCUUUCAGUCUGCAGAGCCCAGGACUGGGCACUGGAGGGAGAUCCAUGAGGAGUGA